CGAACCCGUUCGGGACCCUCCUGCCGGUCGACCCGCAGAGGCGCCGGGCGAUCUCGAUGACGAUGAUCAUCUUCGCGAUCCUCUUCGUCGUGCCCACGUUCAUGCACGUCAGCGGAUACGGGCAGAGGCUGACGGACCACCUGCUCGACGACGCGCCGCGCGCCACCCCGUCGGCCGCGGCUCCGUUGUCGAUCGGCCCGGAUCCAACCUCCCCCGCCGAGAAGGCACUCAACGCCGCCGAGGACGCAUCGUCGCCCGCGCCCGCCGCGGACCAGGCGCCCGCCGCGGACCAGGCGCCCGCCCCCAAGAAGUCGUCGUGGCUCCCGUCGAUCCCGUCGCUCAAGCCAUCCGCCGGCGAACCCCCCGUCGUGCUCGGUCCGAAGCACAACAGGUUCACCGAUUCCGGCAUCGCCUUCCCGCUCGCGUGCUCCAUGCAGCAGGCCCUGGACGGCAUGAUGGGCGCUGGCAAGGGCAACGUCGCGAAGGGGCGAGAGUACCUCCCGGACAUUGACUUCACCAAGUGUCGCACGCACCCGGACGAGCUCGACGCGGUGUUCGCGCGGAUGUUCGCCGUGGUGCCGCCGGUGAACACGUUCGACUGGUGCGGCGGCAUGCAGUGCAAGAUCACCAUGGGCAAGUACACCAGCAAAGCCUCGGAGGACUGGGAGAAGUUUGUGCAAACGUCGAAGGACGACGCCCCGCCCCCUCGCGCGCAGGCGGUGUUCCCGAAGCAGGAACGAUGGGGCCGAUACCUGGACUGCGCGGUGGACGACGCGUGGAACUGCAUGUUCGGGGUGACGACGCCGUCGAAGGCGCCCGCGGACGAGGACGCCCUGAAGACGGCCAGGAACAUCUGGUCGCAGCGCUCCUGCAUCUUUGACAGGUCGUGCGGCGAGCCCCAAUCUCAGUACAUCUCGAAGCUGCUCCACGGGUGGAUGUUCCGCUGGUCCAUGCCCCUCAACGCGUGCACGGAGGGAUACAGGAACGCGUGCAGCAACCGCGUGGUGUCCAACAUCAACCUCCCGAAGAGCACCAAAAACAGGGUGUUCAUGUCGAUUCACAUGCGGAUGGGCGACGCGUGCGACCGCGUGGAGCAGAAGGAGCGGAUGACGUCGUGGGAGUGGGAACACGGGCGGGGAAGGCCUUGCAUCGCCCCGCACGGAUACGACGACGCGAUCGAGCGCAUGUCGAAGAAGUACGGGGUGACGGACAUCUUGCUCGCUUCGGACCAGGCGGAUGCCAUCGCGUGGGCCAAGGAGCAGAAGAAGCACGACGUCCACUGGCUGGACACCGAUCGGUCCAAGCUCAACCACGGCUCGGGUUGGAUCGAGAACAGGAUGGACAUCGGCAAGGAAGAGACGGAGGGCGCGCUCGAGGCGAUCGACUUCCUCGCACACGGGCAGGUGUUCUUAGGGAACAUGGGCUCGUUCUUCAGCCGAGCGGUGUACAAGCAGAUGAUCGGGCGGCACAACGCGGUGGUGCCGUGGACGUCGAUCGACGGCCGGCCGCUGGACAGGGAGUGGCACGAGUUCCUCGGCAGGAGGCGCGCGACGCGAAGGGCACUCAGCGUCUCCGACUGACGACUGCCUUCCCGAAGGUAAUAAGGUACCGUCUCGACGCUCCGGCUCUUCUUUUCGAGAGACGAUGAAUACGAUUGAUUAAUUUUUGCC